UCAACAUUUAUCAUUUGUCGCAACUAUCAUUUGUCUGUCAUUAUUCAGAAUCUCCAAGACAACCAUCUCCGUGUAAAUUCACGCCUUAUAAUUCUAUGACAAGAUAGAUUAUGAGGUCUACUGCAAGAUAUCAAUAGUGAGCAGUCAUCCCAUUAUAAUGGAUGUAUAUCAGAAUCUUCCUCUUCAUGUCUUUUAUUGACAUCCUGGAACACACUUGGACAUGUCCUUGUAGUCGAAACGCUUCACAUCCUGCAACAUGACUUGUAUUGUCAAUAUCAACACAGAUGAACAGCCUUGCAUCGCUAAUAAAGAUUCUCAAUAUAUAACAUACUAGAUUAGCGUUUGUUGAAGGGAUCAUCGUAGUAAAUUGAAAUCUCUGCUGCAUUCAUUGAGGGUUGAUAUGUUUUCAUCUAUAUACCGGUGGUUAUUUCAGGCCGAUAACUCGAAUAUCAUAUGGUUACGCAGUAUAUCUUGUUUAACGUGGGCUUUCCCAUUUAUGUUUCGUAUAAUAUAUGAAUAUGAAAUUCACAAAUAAGUAUCAUAUCUUACAAAUAUAGGCGAUAUGUAUGCAUCGAAAUUUCAUGCUAAAAGUCAACACAACGACCUGCUGUUUUUGUUACAAAUUAAUGUUUCGCAAGCUUGUAACCACCACACUAACAACGUCGUCACAAAUUUCGCACUUUCGUUUUUCAAAAAGACAUCAGUAAAUACUAUCAGGAUUAUGACAAAUUCACUGAAUGUUUUAUUUUUCAGGUUGCUGAAACUCCUAGUAUGGAUUGGCACGGUUAUGCAUGCGCCGGGUGCCUAGUAAUGAUUGUUCUGCUAUGCUUGUUGCUAUUCUUCAAAUUCAGAAAUAAUUUGCCGGUUGCAUUGAUCCUGAUAGGAAUAAUAAUUGUACUAUGGUCUACCAAUAUCGUGUUUAUAUGUUGCGAUUUUCAACAAAAAAUCUGGUGUAUUCUGUUAGUCUUCAUUGUUCUUGGAGACUUGACAACAAUCAUCUUCUGCAUUAUUAUCAAAAGAUUCAAACAACAAGUGAUGCAAUUCCUGCUGUCCUUGUCGGCACUGUUUUUGAUAACCGGCAUAAUACUGUUUUUCGCAGGGAGGCGUAGU